AUGGCCUACGUAGCACGGGCAGACGAAUCGGAGAAACCACUCACGAUCGAGAAUCAAUGUGCAGAGACAAUUUACCCCGGCAUAGUAACCCAAUCAGGCCAGGAGCCUGAAAUAGGAGGCUUCAAAUUGGAUUCUGGCGACUCUAGAAGCCUGACUGUUGGCGCAGACUGGCAAGGUCGAGUCUGGGGUCGAACCAAUUGCAGUUUCAAUGCUCAGGGGACGGGACCAGGUAAUAACGGCGGAAACAAUGGAGGCGGAAGAGCUUGUGGUACCGGAGACUGCGGCGGCAUCGUCAACUGUAGGGCAACCGGUGAGACACCUGUUUCUCUAGCAGAGUUUACGCUCGCCUCCCCAAGUGGCCAGACCUUCUACGACAUCUCCCUUGUUGACGGCUACAACAUCCCAAUCGCUAUUGUCUCGCUCUACCCUCAAUCUGGCAAUAGCUCUCUUCAACAAAUUCCUCCGAAUCUCACGAAUCCCAUUUGCAUUGGCACAUCCUCCCUCCUCGGAGCCAAAGGCUCAACCGAAGGCUCCCACUCCGGAACUAACGACUCCUUCCCCAUUCCCCUCGAGGAAAGCGUCAGCACUUCCGACGUCGCAAGCUGGUGUCCCUGGGACUUACAACUCAGCGCACCCACCAAACCAGGCGACGGCAUCUACCCCUACCCUGACGACAAGAUACAGCGACCGAUCUUCGACCCCUGCUUUUCCGCCUGCGCGAAAUACAACAAGCCCUCAGAUUGCUGCACAGGCCAUUACGAUAACCCGAAUGUGUGUAAAGCGUCAAUUUAUAGCAAGAAUGCAAAGAAAGUGUGCCCGGACGCUUAUAGCUUUGCUUUCGAUGAUCAGACUUCAACCUUCAUCAUCCCCUCUGGUGGCGGCUUUCAGGUAACGUUCUGCCCCCAAGGACGCUCGUCGAACAUCAUCUCUGUGUACAAGAAACAGUUGCUUCAGCUCACGGAGACGGGGCACGUUAGUAGCUCUAGCUUGUCAGACUUGGAAGGAGUUUCUGUGGUGAGGACGAAUGGGGCGGCGAAGAGGGGUUUCCUUGACGAAAUGACUUUUUUGAUAUGUACAGUGGGGACGAUGGCGGCUUUGGGGUUUUUGAUCUGGUAA